AGAACAAGGACAAGAACAACAACGCGCAGCGCUCAGCGCCAGAUUCCAUGCUAACAUUUCUCAGGCAACUCAGGAAUUCAUACUCAAGAGAAAGUCACUCGCGUAAGAACGGGAGGGUUCCCGGUCGCACUAUUUCUUCUCAUAGAUAUCCACUUGAUAUGGCAAUCGUGGCUAGUCUACCAGUCAAUCCUACCUAUGCCGCAGGUUUUCUACUCGAUAAUUCCGUCUGCUCACGGAUUAAUAUAUAAAACUCUUGACAUCCCUCCAUUUUAUAUCCGUAAAUGCCCACAUACACUGGCAAUCAAUCAGCCUGUUUGGUAAUCAUGGGUUUGUACUCCAGUAUGUAUACAAGACGGAGGGAGUAAAAUAUGAGCCAUUGUGAAGAUGCGAAGCGAAAUCAACUAAAAUAUACAGUAAGACGUUGCCCUGCUCCGCUCAAGGUCAAGAGCCACAAUGCGGAGUGGAGCACAGCUAGUUCAGGUUAAAUAAAAGGCUUGCCAGCCGCUGUGGCAUGAAUAAGGAGGGGGUCCAUUGCCCACUGUAC